AACUCAACAAUGACGUAAAACAUCGUCAAAGCACAAUAACGACCGAGGAAUGUUGCGCCAAACGUCGCCGUUGCGUGAUAGAACAACUUUAUUCCGGGAUUUUUGACGCUAAAAACUGCCAGCGUUGGCACUAGUUUCGUCUUGAACAAGCGAUACAUAUUCAUCCGCUUCCACACGAUAGUCAAGAGCUCGCCAGGACCCGGAUGGAGUGUCAUGGCCGCCGGAGGAAGGCGAGUGUUACUGCCUGGGUGUUCUCUCAUACUUCACCCUCUUUUCGAAUGAUGUCGGACUUUAAUGGGACAUGGACGGAUCUGUCGACGAGUUCAUGACACUGUGGGCUCACUUCCCUCUUUUGUCCAGUGGUAACAUCUACAUGUUAGGUGUCUGAAAAGAAUCCAGAUCGGAUUUUAAAUAUGGAACAUGAUUCUGGGAAGAAACGCAAGCCCACCUCAAAAGAAGAGGAUGGUGUCAAGGACAUUUUUCUGAGGCCAUUUAAAGAGGGAGCAGGCAGUUCGGUCUUCAGCACUUUGGAAGAAAACGGAAGUGCCACAAGGAAGGAAAAGACCAAUUUUACUAAGGUCCCCUGUAAAAUUCAGCAAGGAGCUGUGUCAUCAAGGAAGAUUUUGAGUUUUGGAUGCUCUAUAUGUAACGAUAAUUUAAACUACAGCCCCAAUGAUCUUCUCAAACAUUUUGAAGGGACCCACAAAGGAAUCCUCCCCACGUACCCCUGCGACCUGUGUGAAUUUGUUACAAAUGAGUUCGCUGAUCUUCAACGGCAUCGGCUGGAGCACAGGAAUACACUGGUCACAUGUGAACUGUGUAAUAAUGGCGUCCAGUACUCCCUGCUUAUGCUCACCCGACACUACCUUGUCAGCCACAGUCUGAAUGGACAGUUUUUCUGUGACUGGUGCAAAUUUACCACAGUGGAUGCCGGUACCUUUGUCCAACACAUCCAUCAUCAUAAUGAACGGCCUUGGAAGUGUUCAAAAUGUGGGAACAUUGAGUUGAACGAGGAGGAUCACAAAAAACAUAUGAACGCUCACAGCGAGGUUUUCCCCUGCAAGUGUCAGUUUUGUGGGUAUGGUACAAUGCGCAGUGACCACCUCAAAAGACACAUGGUUGCUGUUCAUAAGAAGGAGAUGUAUGUAAAUGGAACUGUGGAAGAUGGAGUCACUUAUUUGAAUUUAUCCACAACUGCAAAAAACCUGUUGAAAAAGACUAGUGAAUCGCAGGAGCAUCAGCAGGUGUCGAAAUGGAAUAUGCUGUCUGAGAAUUCUCCCACCCCAAAUGGCAGACUGAUCCGCCGUGAGCUAGCUUUGGAAGAAAACCACAAAUUUAAUAAUAGUACACUGGCAAAAAGGGACCUCAGAAACCGGACCAGAAUGUCGAAUAAUGCAGACCAAUCAAGACAAGUAGUGUUGAAGGAACGCGAUCACCAGAUAAGCUCUGACCCAAGUCAAAACGCCUCUAAUGGACUUAAGGUUGUUAUGGUAAAGAAUAAAAUAUCGCUUCCCCCAAACUGUACCACAAAGGUGAUGGGGAUCAAGAUGGUCGAUGGAAAAAAACAUAUAGUUCUCAGAGUAAUCUCAAAAACAGAGGUCAGCAGUAACAGCGCAUCUGCAGUCGAUGAGUCAAUUUCCUCAACACCAAAGUCGUGCUCGUAUAAAUCUCCAGUCAUUUUGGAAAACGGCGAAUCCUCCGAUAGCAGUUCAGUAACUCAGAGUUUUGUUGUCUCCCCGAAAGACUGCUCGAGCUUGCUGGCAGAAGACGAGGUCAUGGCAGUCAAAGUGAAAACUGAGGAAGAAGAAACGACGGUUUGCAACUUUGAUUCCAACAUGCGUUUGAUAGAAGACUGCCGACCAACUAAUACAGUUAAAAGUCCACUGACAAUUGAGAAUGAGAAAAGCCAUAGUCAGUCUGGCCAAGCCGCAUGCUUGGAGAAAGGUCAGUUGGAUAAUCCCCCCAAAUCAGCGGUAGAAAAUACUUUUGCCAGUUCUGUUGACACUCCAAGUUGUUCUCACGACUCAUUAGGUCCCAGUUAUUUCAGACAAAAUGUCAGUUAUGAGGAUGUUAAUGAUUUAUCAGUCUCCUCUGAAGAUGGGACACGACAGAAGUCUGUGGAGGCACUGGAAGUCUCUCACAUCAACCACAAAUCUAAGCAAAUGGUAACUCCCGGUAGUCCUCUGUCAACCUCGUCCAAUUCAUUAGAUCCCAAAGAAAGCUCCUCUGGAAUGACCAAUGUGUCCGAAGAAGUGUUUUCUUUUCACAAUUACUCCAAAGAGGCAAUUGACGCCAACAAAUCGUCCACCAGACAGUCUUCGGAAUCUGACUUGAGUUCUGCAGAGUCUGUCGUGGAAGGAGACGAGGGAGCCGACACACCAAGUUCCGCCAAUGAUAAAUCCAGUGCUUGUCACGCUGAAGGGGGUGAAUGCAGAGAUGUUUAUGCGGAGGAAAAUCAAGAGACAAUUUUUCAAGACUUUAAUAUAAUCAAAGUCGAGGAAGACACCAUUCCUAUAUCCCAAAAAGAUUUGAGUUCUGGGAUCAGUUCAACGUCUGUGGUUGAGUCUAUGAAACAAAAAUCGGAUGACGUCAUUUCUCAACAGCCAAGUAAGGAAAGCACAACCUCCUCUAAUGACUCUUUGAAACAAACAAAAACAUUGUUUCGUAUCCUUCAGCUUCCUGAAGGGAACAGGCCGGUCCUCAUGAGGACAAGCGAGAAUCAGUUUGCAAUGCCUGUCCAAAUCAACUCCAGUCCGGGCUUCAAACUGCUCACCAAUUCAUCCAGUCCUCAGAUUAAUAUUUCUUACAUGAAGCCUGGGUUGAAACAAUCCAGCGACUCUUCUGAUGGCACUUCAAAUCGAGACAAGCGGGUUGGAGUCUGGACAUCAAAAGUAGGAGCUGCUGAAAAAGGGAAAGUCCAAAAAGGAAGCUCCUCGAAUCACUACCUAAUCAAAAGCUCAGGGUUGAAAGGUCCAGUAAUUCUUUCAAGUGCAUCACAUGCAAAUUCCUCAGACAAGACAGCCAUGACUCCGAAAACCUGCUUUUUGUUGCAAAGUUCUGUCCCACUGGUUCAGGCCCAAAGUAGUGGUGGACUUCGACUUGCAAGUAGCCAACUACCACUCAAUUCUGGUCAAGUUUUAGCCAUGCCAGUGUCCCCAGCAGAGAAGCCGGGUAGCACACAGACCGGUCGCCAGAGAUUCUUGCUUCGGUACUUUUCACCGUCCAAAUCAGGCGAGCAACUGAUCCAAGAACCGACCUCGGGGCCACAGGGCAGUCACACCAGUGAAGGCAAUGCAAACAAAGUCAUAUAUAAACUUGUCAAACCUGCAGGAAGCUUACUGAAGAGUGUGUCUUCAGCGUCCAAUGGUGAACCUGUGUUGUUUGCCAAUGGACCUCAAACCAAAUGUUUCUUUCUGGCAAACAAAAUGAAUCCAAAUGUAAAUAGUACUCUAAAACAAAUGAUAUCCGUGCAAAAGCCUAAUACCCAGGAGUCUGCCAUUUCAGCACCUCGCUUGGUAGUGAAGUUGAAACCGUGUGAAACAGAGAAACCUCUUCUAGCUCCAAGGUCUAUCCGACCUCCAAGCCAAAGGAAGCGGCACAGAACAACACUGUUUGACGAACCUCCACACACAGCCCAGAAGUCCAGGAGGUUAGCGAACAAAGUGCUGCCUGAAAAGGACGCUGCAGUGUCAUGGACGCCCACAGCCAAAGAUGUUGAAAGAACUUUGAGACUUGCCCCGUUUUCGUCGGUACAACCGCUGAAAUGCCCUCGUAGAUAUCAACCAGUUGUGGUGCUAAACCAUCCCGAUGCUGACAUUCCUGAAGUUGUGAACAUCAUGAAGAUGGUGAACCGACACAGAGGCGCUGUCAUGUCGGUCUCCCUGUCCAAGAAAACCGUGCAGGCGCUCAGUGAUCACAGUGCUUUUGAGAAGUCCUUGAAAGAAAGCGGUCCGUUUCAAAGGAGUGGUCCGACUCCUCGCGCAGUCCACAGUGCGGUCAGAGAACGUUUUGUCCUCAAAAUGAAGUUGAGGAAAAAAAGCAAAAAGAAGUACGAGGUGGUGGACACCUUGUCGGACGGUUGCGAAAAACCGGUGACGUUUGAAUGUUGGUUUUGUGGUCGGCUUUUUAACAAUCAAGAAGACUGGAUCGGCCAUGGACAGAGACAUUUGAUGGAAGCAACCAGAGACUGGAAUACUCUGUUCUGACAGUUUUUAAAACUUUAAGGUCAACACGGAACUGUUUUUAUUGGCCUUGUUCUUUUUCAUGUUAAUACGUAGUCUGUUUUUAUGGAGUUCUUUGGAACUGUGAACCUUGGUACACUGUAACUGAGACUUCUGGUGAGAACACUGGCGUGAGGAAGAUGGAUGAUAUAAGUGAAAGAUGUCGCACAGAUGGUCUGAAUCACUCAGGUAAUUGUGUCAAAAUAUAUUUGUUUUUAACUCUUGCUCAAAUUCAAGUUUUUCAAUUCUACUAAUAUGCAUUCAAAGAGGAAGUCCUAUAUUUAUACAGCACAAAUAUACACAACCUUUAAUCCUGCAUUUACGCUGGCAACUUUUCCUAUUUGCUGGAUGUUCAAUCAGAGCUCCGAAUUUCUUGUUUGCCCUUCUUGUUGUGCUGCGUUGGCAGGUUUACCGUGAGACGUUUUCGAAAGUUUUGGUUCAAGUAAAGCAGGAUCAUGAAAAGGGAUCAGGUGACUUUGUUGCUUCUCAUUCAUCUGGGACAAGCUUUAGUUUCCAAGAUUCAAACAGAAGUAUCGGCCUUAUUUGCAACGUCCCAGAUUUAUUUGGAGGAAGUGGAGCCAACCCAAGUGCAGAGCAGGGCAUCAAAGAGGAUGAGGCUCUUGUGGUAUGAACGUUUGACUAACAUUUAAUUAGUCACACAAAACGCACAAAUCUGCCUCACACAUUUCUGGUGCUGUCACACUACAACUAAGCCAUGAACCACCCAAAAGAAACAUUCCUUAUGGCCUGCAUGGAGUUUGUACCAGUUCUGGAAGUCAAAGAAGACGUUUACCUCGUUCUUGAAAAGCCGUUUUAGUUAUGGAAGCGGAUUCAUUUAGAGUUUAGCAUUAGAGUGCACAUUCAGGAAGUCGGCUGCACAAACCACCAAAAACACGGUUUAAUAAUGAAACAGUUGUCUGGCAGCUGAAUAAUCCUGGGACAUGAUGUAAGAAGAGUUGCUAAGGUUUAAAAACAUGUCUUGACUUGUUGCCAGAAAUUCAAGCAAUUUCUUCCACAGCUCAAAAUUUUGUCCGUCAUUUGUCAUAAUUUGGUGCUAUUUCUCAGACUUAAGAUAUGUUCUCAGUUGCGCUGUGAGAAUUAUACCAAGUCCUGGCAAGAAUCUACUCAACACUAUGGUAGCUGAAGUCAUGAUGUUACUGGGCUCUUCUCAGCCCUCCCUCCAAUGCUCUGCGCUCCACCUGUCGCUGCUUUUUUCAUGCUUUUAUAUCCUUGUUUGGCAAUGAUGAUGUCAGAAUGAAACUAAGAUGAUGAUGAUGAUGAUGGAGCAGGAUACUUGUCCACCCACCACUGUGCUGUCCGGCUAAAUGACCUCCUGAACCUUAAGCAUGUACAGUGUCCACCUUUUCUAUUUUUACAUUUUCAGAUGCAAAAACCAAACCAGGUUUUCUAAACAGACAGUGACUUGAGACUUCCUAUGUUUUAUAUUCUGACAUACUUACCCACCACUCAUCAAGACACAUGUAAAUCUCUGACUGGUGCUGGUCACUGGGCCAGAACUGGCUUUGGGAGGAUGGCUGGAUCAUCCUCAAACAGAUAUUCAGUUCUAAUGUCUGUACAAUUGCGUGUAAAUAUUGCGUUUAGGAAAAAGAGCCAAAUGGUCAUGUGGAUUCGUGUGUGGGACAUCUUUUUUUUUUAGUUCUGUAAACUGAGUCACACUCAGUUGUCCCAUCAUUGUCUGCUUCUUAUAACGCUGUCUGUACCAACACUGUUCCAGGCGAGCUUUGUUUUUUUGUUUUUUUCCUGAGUUUACUCUCUCUGUUACCCAUCCUUCCUUGAUAUCGGUUGACCAUACAGAAGAGGCUGAACAGAAUCAAAACUACAGUGGUGCUACACUGCCUCGAAUCACCGAGGUCCCCCUCUCUGUAGUUCAAGCUCUCGUUCCCCAGUGUCACGUCCAGAAGUUUCCACAGCUUCUAUUGUUCCUUUGUUUGAUGUUUUCAUCCUUUUAAAUUAAAGAUCUCAAUUA